AAAAUUUAUUUGCUGUUUCUGACGCGCUCUUUCGCGGAAAUUACACUUCUGUUGCAUCGAAUUUUCCUCGUUUCUGACAGUUUGAUUUCUCUCUCUCUCUCUCUCUUAUUUUCUUUGUUAUCGCCCUGUGCUUUCUCACCUCAAAGCGCGAUAGAAUGGUCCUGCCAUAAAGGAUAGUAUGCCUCUGUGACAAUAUUCCAACUUCCAAGCAUUCUCAGCAGAUCUUACUGAUGUUACUCGGUUUGAUUAGAAAAUGGGACAAGUUUUUGGUUGCAUUCAAGUGGACCAGUCAACUGUGGCUAUCAAGGAAACCUUUGGCAAGUUUGAUGAUGUGCUUGAGCCUGGUUGUCAUUGUUUGCCUUGGUGUUUGGGGAGCCAGUUAGCAGGGCAUCUCUCUUUACGUGUGCGGCAGCUGGACGUUCAAUGUGAAACCAAAACCAAGGAUAAUGUGUUUGUUACUGUGGUUGCUUCUGUUCAAUACCGGGCACUGGCAGAGAAGGCUUCAGAUGCUUUCUACAAGCUCAGCAAUACCAGAGAACAGAUCCAAGCCUAUGUCUUUGAUGUUAUUAGGGCAAGUGUUCCAAAGUUGGACUUGGAUUCAGCCUUUGAACAGAAAAAUGAGAUAGCAAAAGCUGUGGAAGAUGAACUUGAGAAGGCCAUGUCGCAUUAUGGAUAUGAGAUAGUUCAGACUCUUAUUGUGGAUAUUGAGCCAGAUGAGCACGUGAAAAGGGCAAUGAAUGAAAUCAAUGCAGCUGCUAGAAUGAGGGUGGCUGCCAAUGAAAAAGCUGAAGCGGAGAAAAUAUUGCAGAUUAAGCGAGCUGAGGGAGAUGCAGAAUCAAAAUAUCUGGCUGGUCUUGGUAUAGCUAGGCAACGCCAGGCCAUUGUGGAUGGGCUGAGGGACAGUGUUCUAGCUUUCUCCGUGAAUGUUCCAGGAACAACUUCAAAGGAUGUCAUGGACAUGGUUCUAGUGACCCAAUACUUCGACACCAUGAAGGAGAUUGGUGCAUCCUCAAAGUCCAACUCUGUUUUCAUCCCUCAUGGACCUGGUGCUGUGAGAGACAUUGCCUCACAGAUCAGAGAAGGUCUUCUUCAGGCCAACUCGACUUACUAGCAUUUCAAGUCCAUAUUGUGUUUGAAAAGGUGUGCUGGUAUUGUUGAAAGCUCUUUGAUCUUGCUUUCUCUACUUGUAUAUGCUACAGAAUUCUCAGUGCAUGUUCUUAACAGCCAGGUAAUCCCUGGAGAACAAUGUCAGUCUACAAGUAUGUAAUCACAGUACAUUUCUUUCUGUCAUAUGCAGUAUUAGUAGUGAAAUGAAUUGCCAUGUUGUUCAUAGAA